AUGGAGUCAAUAAGACAGAGAAAACCGAGUCUGAAACCGAUUGAAUGUAAGGGUAAAGCUAGUAAAGCAUCUGAAGAAGAAGAACAAUUAAGUCCGUCGUCAAGGUUAUUUCAUGAACCCAACUUCAACGUACAUGUUUUAGCUAUUAUGGGAAGCAAAUCAAGAAUCAAUGACCUUCAAUUAAUCAAAGACAAUUUGGUUCAUACUUUGCUUAAGCAUCCUCGUUUCUCCAGCCUUCAGGUGGUGGAUGAGAAAAAAAAUGGAGAAAUGAAAUGGGUACAAACAAAGGUAGACUUAGAUAAACACAUUAUAGUACCACAAGUGGAUGAACAAAACCUUCAUGAAUCACCAGAAAAAUUCGUGGAAAACUAUAUUCGGAAUCUUAGCAAAACCACUCUUGACAAAUCAAAACCUAUGUGGGAUCUCCAUCUCCUUAACGUCAAAACAACUGACGCUGAGUCUGUUGGCAUUUUCCGAAUCCACCAUUCACUUGGCGAUGGCACCUCUCUUAUUUCCCUUCUCUUGGCGUGUACUCGCCAAACUGCUGAUCCUGAUAAAGUUCCAACUAUUCCUGGAAAUAAAAAGAGAGUUAUCCAUUCUUCAGCGCAUAAUUCCACAAAAGGAUUACGUCGAUAUGUUAUGAAAAUUUGGUUUUUUAUGAAAUUGUUUUGGAAUACAGUAGUGGAUGUGUUGAUGUUUAUGGCUACAAUUAUGUUCCUGAAGGAUACAACUACACCGAUUAAGGGUACACCUGGUUCUGUGUUCAAUCCUAGACGACUUGUUUACAGGAUAGUAAGUCUUGACGAUAUGAAAUUGGUGAAAAAUGCGUUGAAUAUGACAGUAACUGAUGUUGCUUUGGGAGUAACACAAGCUGGUUUGUCUGUAUAUCUUAAUAGAAGAUAUGGUGAGGGCAAGAAAGACAAGGGAGCAAUAGAGAAAAACAAUAAUCUUCCGAAGAACAUCAGACUUAGAUCAAGUAUUCUUGUGAAUCUAAGACCGUCAGUUGGAAUACAGGCUUUAGCUGACAUGAUGGAGAAAGACACUGAGGCAAAGUGGGGAAAUUGGGUUGGAUUUGCUCUUCUACCCUUUAAAAUUGCAUUACGACAUGAUCCCUUAGAUUAUAUCAGAGAAGCUAAGGCAACUAUUCAUCGAAAGAAAAAUUCACUUGAAGCUUUCUAUACAUGUUACAUUUCAGAAUUAGCACUCAAAUUUUUUGGGAUUAAGACAUCAAGUUCGAUAUCACACAGAAUUUUCACCAAUACAUCAAUGUGCUUUUCAUGUUUGCCUGGUCCUCAAGAAGAAAUUGGCUUCUAUGGUCACCCUAUGGCUUACCUUGCCCCCGGUUCUUAUGGACAACCUCAGGCAUUGAUGAUUAAUUGUCAAAGCUAUAUAGACAAGAUGACUAUUGUUCUAUCAGUUGAUGAAAGCGUGAUUCCUGAUCCAUAUCAAUUGUUGGACGAUCUUGAACAAUCUCUAAAGCUUAUCAAAGAUGCUGUGGUAGAAAGAGGUUACCGAACGACUGUCAGGACAUCAGUUGGAGCUAUUCCAUACUUGCUAGUAUAUGGAACAAAAGCAGUUAUACCUGCAGAAGUUGAAAUACCUUCGUUAAGAAUCAUCCAAGAAGCUGAAUUGGGUGAUGCUGAAUGGGUUCGCAAGCGGAUUGAUCAGUUAACAUUGAUUGAUGAAAAGAGAAUGGUUGCUGUCUGUCAUGGACAACUGUAUCGACAAAGGAUGAUUCGUGCUUUUCACAAGAAAGUAAGAGCCAGGAUAUUUGAAAUCGGCCAGCCGGUCCUUAAACGCAUUUUCCCUCAUCAGAAUGAGUACAAAGGGAAAUUUGCACCAAAUUGGCAAGCACCUUACAUGGUUCGCAAAGUAUUAUCUGAAGGUGCCUUAGUCCUGUCGGAGAUGGAUGGCACUGAAUGGCCGAAACCAAUCAACUCAGAUGUUGUCAAGAGAUACUAUGUGUGA